CGCGCUGCGGCGAAAUUAAAACGACAGCAUCAACGAUAAACAACGUCAUUUUUUCAAAACAUUGUCUUGUCAAAUGCUCAAGUCGAAUUUCAUCAUAAAUUUGUUUGCCGGUAAAUCGUUAGCAUCGUCUGGUAUCAGUUUUCUUCGCAAAAUGAGUGGCACAGCCGUUGAACCGAAAAAGCGUAAUAUUGAAAUCAAAGCGCGCAUUGCGAACGAUGCAGGUUAUGCGAAACGUGUUGAAAUUGCAAAAACCCUAACCAAAACAGCCGGCGAAGUGUUGAAGCAACGGGACGUAUUCUACAAAGUAUCAAAUGGUCGAUUGAAGUUACGAGUUCAGGAUGGAACGGCAAUGUUGAUUCAGUAUGGUCGGCCAGAUGUGUCAGGGCCAAAAUUGUCUGAAUUUGAUAUUCUUGAUAUAGCUGAACCCGAAAAGUUGGAUCGAAUGCUCAGCAAUAGUCUCGGUGUGAUUGGCGAAGUGAAAAAAUCACGAUAUUUAUUUUUGCAUGAACAAACGCGCAUCCAUUUGGACAAAGUCGAUGGCUUGGGCACAUUCCUCGAGUUUGAAGUUUGCUUGCGACCCGAACAAACCAUCGAAGAUGGAACAAUAAUCGCCAAUGAUUUGAUGAAACUGUUUGAAAUCAACGAUACGGAUCUCAUGACUGGCGCAUAUAUGGAUGAAUUACUGCAGAAAUGA